AUUUAUCGCUUAUAAAUGAAGUAACGUUCUCUGCUUGAUCCCUUUAAUCACAUUGUAUAUUUUGACAAUAUUCUAUAUUUUUGCCUUUCACUUAGAGCAAAUUAUUUAUCACUAGGCUGUGAUAUUUAAUUUCUUUGGCUGAAAUGAUUUGUUAAUAUCUUUGUUGUUUAAAGAGGUCACGCACUGAUGGUAUAUCAUUAAAAUUUUAAGUGAGUUUAGAAUUUUCUUUUGCGGUUCUUGCUAACCAGCUGAAACUCUAUUCAAAAGCAAUUGUUUUAGCUAUUUAGAUUUAAAAUGAUUUGUGAUAAACCGUCGACGAGAUGUGUGUGUUUUCUGUUGUUUAAUAUUGAAUGAGAUUGCUUUCUGACGGCGUUUCAACUGGUGGUUGGCUCGCCAUGAGAUCUUAUUAUGAAAGUGGCCACCGACGUUGCACCCCAAAGAGUGAAAUUUAAUACAAACGGGCCUUACUCAGCUGCCCUGGUCAUAAACACACAGAUGAUACCGAUAACAUCUUUAGUAUUUGAGAAAUUUCUUAUUUUUAGUUCCCGGAGAAGUGUUUUUUAUCGACGUUGAUUCAUACUUUAAAGUAGACAAGAUUGUCAUGUUGUACUUAGCGUGGCAUGCAAUAAAAGCGGUAUGCGCGGCAGGGACAAACGUUAUUAUUAUGCCACUUGAAAGGAUUCAUUCAUGUUAUCCCCUGGGGUUUCAUCCACAGAGCUUGCUAAUCUAAUAAAGAAAUUUACGUUGAUGACUUUCUGUAGGGGGUCGAACAAUUUGUGUACAAACUGUCUGAAAAAUGAAAUUAAUUUUUUUUUUCCCGAGCAUUUUAUGCAGCCGAUAUCAUAGUAAACUUGAGUUUUUUGGUCGUAAGUUGGCGUGAAAAGAAUUAAGAACAUCACUGUAGUACGAUGGCGCCGUCAAACUUGUAUUCGUGGGAUGUCGGCAACUUACCGCCAUAGGAAAAUAGACCGUGCCUGGAGAUUGUUCCUUUUGCUAUUCAAUAAAAUACUUCGACUAUCCUCAGGUGUCAAGAUACAAGAAAACACGCUUCGUGAAGUAGAGUUGGUUUUUCUCUCACAAAAUUUACAUAUAUUCAAGGAUUUUGAAUCUUGAUAAAAUUACGAUUUUCAUAUUGACCAAAGUCAUAAUUUGAGUUUCAUACUUUGCUUUCGAUAUAAAGUGCAUAAGUACGUUAUUGAUAUCUAGCUGGGGGUAUGAAGUCAAUCUUAUCCAUUUCAAGCCGCUGUGGGGAGCCGACAUAUUGUGAUUUGCGAUUGAUGAGUCAAUUUCAAAGCACCGCAAGAAGUUUGGAUGUAAACAGGAGAAGAGUUUUGUUACCAAGUAUGGAAGGUCGUCUACAGCUAGAUGAUACUAUAUCACAAUGUUCACAAGCAAAUAUGAAUAAGAUGACAAUGGAAUAUCAUGAUGAAGCUUGUGAUGAAAGAACGCCAGGAAGCUUUUGCAUUCAAGCGGGUUUAAGGAACAAAGCAGAGACGCAGCUUGACGAUAGUGGUUCAAGUUAUUUUUCGUUCCCUGCGUAUCACUCAAAUCCAUCAUCUCCAGAACAUAACUGUGAAAAUAAUGAAUCAUUUGAAAUUAUGAAUCGGGUAGAAAAAAAUCAGCUCACACAUAAAGCUUUGGAUGUUAUAGGGGAGAGAAAAUGUUUGCCCCCUGCUGAUGGCAGUCGACAUCAACAUGGAAAUUUGUGCUCAGACUCAGGAACAGCAUCUCGUGUUGUUUAUGACCUCCCCUCCCGCCUGUUAAACGAGACACAACAAAAAUUUGGGGAUAAUACUGCUCUCGUAGAAACAAAUGUCAAUGUCAUGUAUUUUAAAGAUUGCCAAUACAGGCAACAAAACCGUAGAUUUCCGCAAAUCCCAAAUCGCAUCGAGGAACACGAGGAUUCGAUGCUUAACAGUGAGGGUUUUAUAACAAAUUUGUCCCUCGAUAUACCCGAAGGUGCCCCAAGUAUGAUACCACACAUUUAUUCAUCGUCUUCGUCUUCCACCUCAACUUUAAGGAGUGUUAAAUUAGAAUGUGGCGAGAAUGCUCGGAAUCAGUCUGAAACUAAAACAAAUAUAGUUUGUCAAUGGCAGGAAGUAAGACUCGGUAAUGGAAAUGAUGAAGUGUGUGGAAAAGAAUGUUUGACAAUUCAAGAUGUUGUCAAUCACUUGAGAGAUGAACAUUUGCCCAAUGCUGUAAGUAAUUAUUCAUGUUUCUGGCGAGGCUGUUCAAGACUCGGCGUUCCUUUUAAAGCCAAGUACAAGCUUGUAAAUCAUUUGCGUGUUCAUACUGGUGAGAGACCGUUUGUAUGCACCUAUCCAGAUUGUAAUAAGGUUUUUGCUCGAACAGAAAAUCUGAAAAUUCAUAUUCGAACACAUACUGGAGAAAAACCGUUUCUUUGUGAAUAUCCUGGAUGUAGUCGAAGAUUUGCGAACUCUAGUGAUCGACGUAAACAUAUUCACGUACAUACAAUGGAAAAACCUUAUCGUUGUAAGUUUCAAGGAUGUAACAAAUGUUAUACACAUCCAAGCUCUCUAAGGAAACAUGUGCGAACGCACAAUAUCCGCGACAAAGCUAAAUCAAGUAUUGAACUUCAGCAAAUAGUCGAUACUAGUAGUACCCCAAGAUUACCAGCAAUAUCCUAUCCAGUCAUACGUACCACAAUGACUUAAGAAAAUAGUAUAAUAGCACAUUAUCGACUUACUAUUUCUAACUGAUGAUUUUAUUUGCGACAACUAGGAAAGGAACUCUUUUGUUCGGAUGUUAUUUCAAACAAAAACUCCUUUUAAAAUGGAAACGAAUUUGUAACAUUGAAAAAUCACAACUUCUUACUUGCUGGCUUUUUCAUCGUAUUAAAUAUGAGAAAUAAUUGAAGAGA